AUGUCCAACAGCAGCUCCAUCACCCAGUUCUUCCUCCUGCCGUUCACAGACACACGGGAGCUUCAGCUCUUGCCCUUCUGGCUCUUCCUGGACAUCUACCUGGCUGCCCUCCUGAGCAACGGCCUCAUCAUCACCACCAUAGCCUGGGACCAGCACCUCCACACCCCCAUGUACUUUUUCCUCCCUAACCUCUCCCUCCUUGACCUGGGCUUCAUCUCCACCACUCUCCCCAAGUCCAUGGCCAAUUCCCUCUGGAACACCAGGGCCAUCUCCUACACAGGAUGUGCUGCCCAAGUGUUUCUGGUUGUCUUUUUAGCUUCAGCAGAGUAUUGGCUCCUCACCAUCACGGCCUAUGACCGCUACGUUGCUAUCUGCAAACCCCUGCACUACAGGACCCUCCUGGGCAGCAGAGCUUGUGUCCACAUGGCAGCAGCUGCCUGGGCCAGUGGGUUCCUCAAUGCUCUGCUGCACACGGCCAAUACAUUUUCACUGCCACUUUGCCAAGCCCAUUCGACUGUCUUGGCCUACCUCGGAUACAAGAACAUCGAGGGACGCCAUGCCAAGAGCCUUGCUGAAGCUGAGGUAAAUGACAUCCACUGUUCUCCCCUCAUGCAGAAACGCACUUACUUCAUCAUGAAGGCAAUCAAGUUUAUUGCUCUCAACUUGCCAGCUGCUGUUUUGAACUUCAGGUAG